UGAAUACAGUAGAGCCUACAGUGCGAGGCACUUUAUUGAAGGCAGCGUAGAGAGACGGAGGAGGAGAAGGAGAGGGAGGGGGCUAAAACUGACCCGAGAUUCAUCGUAGCAGGCAAAUGAAGACGAGAAAGCUUCAUAAACCGAGAGGAUCGUAUUGAGAGAAGUUAUCGGCGCCGUGACAACGUUUUCUUUCUUUAUUGCUUUCUUUCGCUUGUUGAAGUUGCUGCCGUUGGAUAGCUGGCCAUGCUAACCGUCGCUGAAGGAGCCGACCCGGGCAAGAGGACAUUAUCAAGCCGUCGAAAUUUCCCAACGACGAUAUUUUAAGAUAUUUGAAGCAAAACCGUUCGGCUGUUUGCUUUCGGGGUUCCUGAGAGGGGGACGACGAAAGAAAAGAGAUUGCUCUGUGGUUCUCUGGAGAACCAAAAAAAAGAGGGAGAGAGCUGGGUUAGCUGGAGCGGAAUGUGGGAUAUAGCACGUUAGCUAGCCACGUUAAGCUUGUUUUCCCUGUCAACUUCAGCCGAAUUGCUGCGGCGAAGUCCGGGGGAAAAGGGGAAAGGUGGCUCGGCAUUUAAUGCGAGGUCGUUUUUUCACAUCCUUUCAAGCCAUCUAACCUGUAAUCUCUCUGUUCGGCCAAGCAUCAAUGCUCGUACACAUAAAUUAUCCACGUUAUCUGCCUCCCUCGUCUCUCAACACCGCACGUAGUUGUAGGAUGGUGACUUUCCCCUGAAGUGAGUGAGAGUGUGGGACGCUUUCUUUGGAUCUUUGAAUGAUUUUUUUCUCGCUGGAAACUGAUUUUUAACCCUUUUUAGGGACCAGUUGUCAUCACUGGGCAUGGGAAGUGGCCCACUUAGCGUUAACGCCACCGAAGGAGAGGUUAUUGAACGGCCGGGUCUGGAGCUUUGACCGUUUUUUUGCUUUUUCACCUCAGACAGGUCUUCAGUCUUUUUUGCCUGAGUGAACUCAGAACUGCUCUUGUGAGAUUUGAUUAACCUGUUUUAACCGUUUUCUUCAUUUUUACUGAACUGAACUCUUUUCCUAUAUUUUUGUGGUCCGGAUCUCUAGCCACACAUCCUUUGCUGCUGGGACUUUAAUAUAAGACCAGUUUAACACUUAAAAGGAUUGUAUUUUGCUUUUCAUCGACGCAUCACUGAGUCUCUGACAUGGGUUUUUAAGCGAGUGAGCAGUCGUUCUGUUAAAGACUGGCCGUUUUGAAGGGAAACCGCUGGAAGCUGCAGCUGUUGGCCUCUUGUCGUAUAAACGAAAAGGAUACCAGAUUUGAAAGGAGGAGAGGAAGAAAAUAUGGGUCCAGCUACAAAACUUGCAUUCGGCGUGUUCCUCAUCUCUUGCUCCUCAGGUGCCAUUCUGGGCCGAUCGGAGACACAAGAGUGUGUGCUCUACAACUACAACCCAAGCUCGGAAAACCAGGGAAACCGCAGCAUUGAGCCGUGCGUUGGAGACAAAGAUAAGCGUCUGCACUGCUUUGCCACCUGGCGGAACGUGUCCGGGACGGUGGCGGUGGUGAAGCAAGGCUGCUGGUUGGAUGAUGUCAACUGCUACGACAGCACGGAAUGUGUGGAGAAGAAGGAGGACCCCGAGGUGUUCUUCUGCUGCUGCGAAGGCAACAUGUGCAACGAAAAGUUCUACCACAACCCAGAUGCGCAGGCUGUUCAGAGUAAGGCUCCUAUCACCGACAGAAGCAGCGGUGUCUUUAAGGCAACAUCAAACCCAUUCACCCAGAAGCCACCCUUGUUCAACACCCUCCUCUACUCCCUCGUGCCGAUCAUGGGCAUUGCUGCCAUCGUCCUGCUCUCCUUUUGGAUGUACCGCCAUCACAAGCUGGCGUAUCCACCUGUUCUGGUGCCCACACAGCACGCCUUUCAUAUCAUGAUAGAGGACCCUGGCCCCAUGCCUCCGUCGCCCAUCCUCGGCCAGAAACCUCUGCAGUUGCUGGAGAUCAAAGCCAGGGGUCGGUUCGGCUGCGUGUGGAAGGCUCAGCUGCUCAGUGACUAUGUGGCAGUAAAGAUCUUUCCCAUUCAGGACAAACAGUCUUGGCAGAACGAGUACGAGAUCUACAAUCUGCCUGGUAUGAGACAUGAGAACAUCCUCCACUUCAUGGGUGCGGAGAAGAGAGGAGCCAACCUUGACAUCGAGUUGUGGCUCAUUACAGCCUACCAUGAAAAGGGCUCUCUGUCUGAUUAUCUGAAGGCCAAUGUGGUAACGUGGAACGAGCUGUGCCACAUUGCCCAGACCAUGGCACGGGGUCUGGCGUACCUCCAUGCUGACAUCCCAGGCCUCAGAGAUGGACACAAGCCUGCCAUCGCCCACAGGGAUGUUAAGAGUAAGAACGUGCUGCUGAAGGCUAACCUGACGGCCUGCGUUGCUGACUUUGGCCUGGCCCUGAGGUUCGAGGCCGGGAAGUCUGCCGGGGACACACACGGACAAGUGGGAACCAGGCGCUACAUGGCUCCUGAGGUGUUGGAAGGGGCAAUCAAUUUCCAGCGAGAUGCGUUCCUCAGGAUAGACAUGUACGCCGUGGGCCUCGUGCUGUGGGAACUGGCCUCCCGCUGCACCGCUGCCGACGGCCCAGUGGACGAGUACAUGCUGCCGUUCGAGGAGGAGGUGGGCCAGCACCCCACCCUGGAGGACAUGCAGGAGGUGGUGGUCCAUAAAAAGUUGCGUCCCACUCUGCGGGAGUGCUGGCAGAAACAUCCCGGUCUCUCCAUGCUGUGUGAGACGAUAGAGGAGUGUUGGGACCACGAGGCUGAGGCGCGUCUCUCUGCGGGCUGCGUGGAGGAGCGCGUGGUUCAGAUGCAUCGACAGACCAGCAUCUCCGGGCCAGAGGAGAUCGUCACCGUUGUCACCAUGGUGACCAAUGUGGACUUUCCUCCCAAGGAGUCCAGCCUAUGACUAGCGGAGAACACCAUGUGAAUCACGUGGGCGCAAACAAAAACCCUUCAGAGACGGGCCUGGGACCGGAAACUAAAGUUCUGGACAUGGAAAAGCUCGAGUCAUCCUGGUGAUUGUACUGUAUAUACUGUUGGUCGAGUUUUUACCAGCGGUGGAUUUUCCUGCAGAAUUCGGGCCGAUACCGGUUUGCAGCUACACUACAUGUUUGUGCGUAUGUGUGUGUUUGAGUGAGUGAAGAUAUCUCGAGGCCUUCUGGAAAGGACAGACGGAUUUUUAUCCAGCACGAGGCCCUCAUGCAGGACACACCUUUUAGCAAACGAACUACGUCAAAAAAUGAAGCUGAUGUUUCUCUUUUUUUCUUUUUCAGCAGGACAAGAGAAAAAGAGAGAGAGAAAUCACUUUUUCUCUGAGAAUACAGGGAGAAAAAGAACCAGAGACUCCUUGCAUCAUUUCAGUGUAAAAAAAACAAACAAAAAGAAAGAAAAAAAGAAAAAAGGGCAACAUUGCUUUCUAAAAAAACACAUUCGAUGUGUUUGAAUGAAUGACUUUUGCAAUGCCAAUACGAAACAGCUUCUGAAUGUCUAGUGUGUCGCUGCUGUAAAUAUAUCAACCGAGAGGGUGAACACAUUAACCGGCGGCGGUUUUUGUAUCUCUGGAUUUUCCUCCCAGCGUUUCUGUCAAAAUAACCACCAACCUCUCUCGACAAGGUAUACCUCAGUUUCUCAUCCUAAUAACAAGUUUGUUUUGUAACACUAUAUAAAGAAAAAAUAUGAAGCUUUCCGUCGACCUGCACUGGGCGCAGAAGCUUUUUACAUACGGGGGAAAAAAAAUACUUUUUUUUUUUUUUUAUACAACAGAUUAUGCCAAGAAAAUAUGGCCAUUCAUAAACCAGUGUUUUCUUCUGCCUUCUUUCUAUUACUUUAUGUCUUUUCUGUGUUGCCCUGGUGUUUAGAAUGUGAUUUUUUUAAGCAUUGUGACAAAUGGUUUGUUGAAUCAGUUUUAGACUUUUAUCAGCACCUGUUGAGAAGAAAAUCCCUGAAAAAUAUGAAUUCUGUGAAAAUAUGAAAGCACUUACCAGUAUAGGUUUGCAGUGUCCUCACAGCAAUCGACAUAUGUGCAUGCCUUGUAUUUUUUUUCUUUCUCUUGUGCGUGAAACCCCGUGAGCAGUCGUCAAACCCCACCCCAUCCCACCACUACUUUUUUCUAUUUUUUUUUCUUUUCUUUUAAUCAUUUCGUUCGCUGUAUUCAAUCAGGGUAUCGCUCUUUUUCUAUUUUUUUUUUUUUUUCUUCUUCAUUUACUGGAAUUUGAUCUCGGUCUUCUGUGAUCAGUGUCUGCUGAACCCAUCCUCCCAAGCAGAGGUUCUCCUCAACAAUCCCGGACCAGCUUCCUUUACUGGAACCCUGACCCUGACCACAAUAUGUGAAAAACUAGCCUUAGACAAGCGGCUAGCGCUAAAUUUCACAACAACUACAGUUAACUGUCUCUUAAGUACGUCUCAGGAAGCCCGCUGCCACCUUCCCCUUUUUGAGCUUUUCUCCUCUGGUGCCAUUCUGGUGGUCCGUGUUGUAUCGUGUAUGCAAGAGGCCUUCAUAACACCUUACUCAUUCUGUUCUACUACGGUGAUAUCAUAAGCUGGACUUAACCUUUUCAAGCACCACAACCUUGAAGCCUGAUAUGUUGCUGGUUCCAAGGCUAGUCUUGUGAAUUUGCUUCAAGAAAGGGUUUAUGUUGAAUAUAUGACUCCUAGAUGAAGAUCAGUGAGUCAUGCUGAUCUUAUUAUGCUGUUAUGUACGUUUUUUUUUUUUUUUUUUCUUUACACAAAAACUGCACAGAAGUAUUAUCCUGAUAAUAUGCUGGUGUUAUGAGGACCUGACAAAUAUCGUCUUCAUCAGUUCAGUACUUUUCAUUAACAGUGAGUCCUAACAGUGGUCCUUCUGCUACUCUUAAGCUGCUAAUAGGAUUCAGGCUUUUUGUCGUUUCUUAAGCUAUGCGUCACAGCCCUUCUCGAAGCAUCGAGGUCCGUAUGACUGUAUGCAAUCAACCUCUUUCAGCCGAAGUGUGCUCUCGACUGUAGCAUUUUCAGUCCGCUGAUGUUUGCACAUGCCGUUUUUCAUCGCCGACCUUCUCAGCUCCGGCUGGUAUGGAUGUGGUCCGUAAGGACAGGUGCCAACUCAUGCCGUCCUAUAUAGGAGCGCUUGGGAAGAAUGUAGAGGCUUCUUCACGUUGUUAUCGUUGGCAAACCCGAGAUAAACGAUCGAUAGAGCCAUUAUAGCUCUUUUUCGUUAUUAGCUACGGAACAAUCCAGCAAUAUUUUUUCCUGCUUCUGUUCAAAUGGUAAUGCAAGGGGAUGGCAAUAGUUAUCUAAAGCUUAAUACGAUUGUAAUUUGUUUUGUGACACGUAGGAACCAAAACAGCUUACUUUUAUUAUGAUCUCAGCCGGGACGGACAGCUUUUUCACAAUCACUAGCCGUGAUGUGUUUUUCAAGCUUUUCCUCACUUUGUCAGAGAUAAUCGAGGCGGUCAGAAAGUUCCCACUUAAUGAAAUCUCGUAAGUUGCUAAUUACAUACUACAUAAUGUAAUUAUACAUGAUAUGAGUGCGGCGUUAGCAGUGCUUGAUUGCAUGAGUUCCAUUUGCAAUUGCGCAGUCCGCAGUGGCACAGGAGUGUACUGAGCCACCACUUACUCCUACCUUGAUGGAGAUUCUAGUGCCGAAUGCAAUAAACAGGGCCAGCUAGCAUGACCCUCUUUUGCAAAGUGCUAACUGGCUAUUAGCUUUCAGCUAUGUCAGAGUUGGCACUUUUAGGCUGAUGUAUUCAUUCAUUCACAUCCUUCAUGUGAGUGAACUCCAUGUCUUUGCUCAGUUUGGCUGUGUUCACACUAGAUAAUUCGGAUUCUUUUCAAUUUUUAUAAAUUGGUUUUUAGAUCAGGUGGUCAGUGCUAGAACCACAGUAAUACAGCAACCAGGUCCAGUUUGAUCAGUUUGAAAAUAACAGUGUGGAGAGUUAGCCUAGAAGAUGAUGCCUAGAAUCAUGUUGACCAUCACAUUGGUCGAUUACAUCAGAUACCAGUGACAAGUGGCAAAUCAUCUGGGGGUUCACACUAAAACUGGUCUGUAAAAAUAGGAUGUGGACAGACUUGUGCGUUCAGACAAUGACAUUUUCUGGAAUAGGUUCACUGGUUGCUGUAUUAAUGUAGGCAUGAUGUUGUCAUGGUAAGAGCUGCCUAGAAACAUGUUUACAAUAAAUGAGAUGUGAUGUCAAGUAAAAGAUGCGCCACAAAAAAUCGGAGCGUUCAGACUAAAGCUAGACUUCAGAUUCGGAUAUGCAGUACCAUGAUAGUAUGUAGUAAUGUAAUACAGCAACCAAUGUAGCUGUUCCAGAAAAUGACCAAGUCCAAUUUGAUCAGUUUGAAGCUAACAGUGUGCAGAGUUAGUCCUGACUUAGAAUCCCAUGAACUACAGUAUAUAGUCGCUGUCCAAAGAAAAAUAAGUACCUCCAAAAUAGCAACUUUACAGGAGAGGGCAAAAGCACUCUUACCUUUCAGUGCAGGUUAAUGUAAUGCCAAUGAGGUUUAAUUACAAUUGAUUUUAGAGCGUUUCCUCCAUUCCCCAUGAAAUCUUCACACAACGUAAAGGACAACUGGUGUGUUGAAAUUAUGUAGAAAAAUAAAAAUCGACAAAAAUAGAGAUACAUGUUUUGUUUGGACAUCAACGAUAUAUAAUGUCAGAUAUGAGUUCUGACAUCAUCUGAGCGUUUUCACCAAAACUGGUCUGAAAAAACAGGAUUUGGACAGGUGCAGUAGCUGCUGUAUCAGUGUAGACAUGACGUUGUCAUGGUCAGUGCUGCCUUACCACGUUUACCACAAUGAAUGAGGUGUGAUGUCAAAUAAAAGAUGCACCACAAAAAAUCGGAGUGUUCCCAUUAAAGCUAGACUUCAGUUAGAAUUCAGUUAUGCAAAUAAAUCGGUUUUGUUUUAUCCGUGUGAACACAGCCUUUGCAUUCACUCUCAGCCAGGAAACAAGUCUUCAGUCCACAGGCAAAUGUGGGAAAGAAACUUAAGAGUAGCCGUCAUUCGCUGUAGCUUCCAUUCAUGUCCGUCCCACACAGCUGUCCUUCUACGUCUCGCUCAAGAGAGGGUCUUCAGUGUUAUUGUGGUUAAUUGGGCCUGGUAUUCAGAAUGUAUCAACAGUAUGAGUGGAGUUUUCACAGCUAACUUAACCAUAUCCAUGUUCUAGAUCCUGUUGAAAGGUAGAUUGAGAGUGCUGGCCCUGGAUUCUCUGCUAGCUUUAAACUCUAAAGUCAGUAUGAGUGGUUUGUUAGUGGCUCCUCUGGCUGCUCAGUUUGGUCAACAGGCACAGGCCCUGUUGACCUCUUUGCUUCUGAUUCAAAGUCUGGGUUUUUCUCUCAUGAAUCAUUUGUCAGGUCAUGUGGAAGCAUGAAAUAACCCUUUAACAUACUCUCUGCCCUUAAAACACAAGCCAAACCACCACCUCCAUCACCAUCACGUCCUCCUCCACCUUUCCAAACACCCUUUCCAUACGUUGGCAGAAGACUGGAUUGAAGGUGCACCGUGUGUAUAUAUGAAUAAUGUUUUAGAUUGUGGAAAAAUAGCAUGAGGUUGUUUUUUUUUAUGGUCUCAAAAGCAAAAAAAAAUGGUUUAAAAAAAGAGAAAAAAAAUCCUUUAUUAAUAUUAUGGGAAAAAAAAUAUUUUACCGUUGUUUAUUUUGUAUAUCUGUAUUUUAGGUUGUUUUAUUAAUUUAUGUCACGGCCCAAACGAGUUAUUUUUAUUCUCGAUAAAAUUUUCUUCGAAAUUUUGCUCUAUUUAUAAAACUGGUCAGAAGAAACACUAAAAAAAGAAAAAGUAAAAAAAAAUAAUAAUAAAUAAAUAAAUAAAUUAGCAGAUCGAUCUAUCCUUUACCUCAGACUUCCCGGGUCACUCUCAACGUUAAAAGAACAAGCGGUGUAGCACGACAGAUAACAUGGUGCAAACGUUGUGAAAACUUUUACUGGGAAUUGACCAGCAGGUUCUCUCACCUUCUUCUUCUUCUUCUUUUUCUUCUUCUUUUUCUGCUUUUUUUUCUGGCAAACAAGACGCUCUUUGUGGUUUUUAGUGACAGUAUUUGCUCACCACGAUGCCGUCGAGUGAAUGUCACCAUUGUACCAAAACUGGCCGUCUUGGGUGCAGGCAACUGUAUUACGACCUUAACGCCGGACAUGCCAUUUGAGUUUCUCCUCUAAAGUAUUUAAUGAAACAUAUUCAGGGCCUGGUUGGAAGUAAUUGUUACAUAUUGUACAGAUGAAAAUUUUAUGCUACUACUCCCUUCAAAUAAAGUAUAGUGACUGCUCUUGA